GAAGGCAAGACGUACUUGCACACAAUUGUAGGUACCUAGCUUGUUGUAGAUGUCCCAUGAGUUCUUUGAGGAAUUAAGACAUUAUCUGCCAAAGUCAGUCAUAUAAAUAUGGACUACAGUUUGACAUGUUAUUGCAUGUAUGAAACGAGUUAACGUUAGCUGAUCCUCGAGAUUGUGCUUUUAGUUGCCUCUAUCAUGCUACAUAUGCAGCUAUCGAACUACGUUAGCUAGCUAACUUGAUAACACGAGCUCCUGCUUUGAAAGUCAGACUUGAUGACAAUUUCUGAGGAAGUACAGUACUGUUACAGUGGAUAAUUGUUUUAGUAUUGUAACUAGAUUGCUGUCUCAAUGAGGACACUUAGAGCACUGCAGAGAUUAAGCAGAGUCCCUGUCUGCCCUUGUCCACCACCAUUAUCUGUUAGAUCAUGGAGCGUGGCACAGAGCCAAAGUUGCUCCAGCAGUUCAGCAGAGAAACCAAUGCCAUUAAACUCGAUGCUCAGACACCUAACCUCCAAGAUCAAAGCCACAGGUCCUAUCUCAGUGGCAGAGUACAUGAGAGAGGUUCUCACCAACCCAGUCACGGGCUAUUAUAUGCAGAAUGAUAUGCUUAGGCCAGAUGGAGAUUUCAUCACAUCACCAGAAAUUAGUCAGAUCUUUGGGGAGUUGCUGGGGAUCUGGUGUUUGAGUGAGUGGAUGGGAGCAGGGAAGCCCAGUCACUUCCAGUUAGUGGAGUUUGGACCAGGAAGAGGCUCCUUGGCCAAUGACAUUUUCAGAGUGUUCAGUCAGCUGCGUGGGGCCCUGGGUGAGGCUGCAGUCUCAGUGCACCUGGUGGAGGUGAGUCCUAAACUGAGCCAGGUGCAGGCCCAGUGUCUAACAGGAGACCAGAGCCAGGUGUCGGCCAGCGAGGAUGAGCCUGUGUACCGCCAGGGGACCACCACCACAGGCCUCCCCAUCUCCUGGUAUCGCAACCUGGACGAUGUCCCCAGAGGCUUCAGCAUCUACCUCGCUCAUGAGUUCUUUGAUGCCUUACCCAUCCACAAAUUCCAGAGAACAGAGAAGGGCUGGAGGGAGGUGAUGGUGGAUAUUGACCCAGAUGAGCCAGGCAAGCUGAGGCUUGUCAUAGUGCCAGCUCCCACUCUGGCCUCUACUCAACUCAUACAGGCAGGUGAAAAGAGACGGCACGUGGAGGUCUGCCCGGACGGAGGGGUCAUCGUCCAGCGCCUAGCCAAUCGGAUCGCCGAAGACGGGGGUGCAGCACUGAUUGCUGACUACGGGCACGACGGGACCAAGAUGGACACGUUCAGAGGUUUUAAAGGUCAUAAGCUCCAUGAUGUCCUAGCCUCCCCCGGCUCUGCUGACCUGACUGCUGACGUGGACUACAGUUACCUGAGGAGGAUGGCUGGAGCUACGGUGGCCUGCAUGGGCCCUGUCUCUCAGAGGGACUUUCUGAAAAAUAUGGGCAUCGAUACACGCUUACAGGUUCUGCUGAGGAACUGUGCAGCCCCGUCCACAAGGUCCCAGUUGAUCCAGGGCUAUGACAUGCUGACCAACCCCCUGAAGAUGGGCGAGAGGUUCCAGUUCUUCACCAUGCUCAACCACAGUCGCCUCACCAGGACCGAGCCUGAGGAGUCCAAGGGGGGGAAGAAGAUGGCCCCAGUGCCCAAGAAGGGCCCAGCACCCCUGCCUGUGGCUGGCUUCAGUGAGCUUGGCCUCUCGUAAAGAACGGACCCAGAUACUCACCAUGGGUUCCUCUGCACUGCAGAGGCUGUGUGUCAACUCACCUGUGAAGGCACUUAAAAGUUGCACCCAUAAAUGUUAUACUAUACCUUGCUUAUACAUUUACAUUUGACGUUUUAGUCAUUUAGCAGACUAUCUAGAGCGACUUACUUAUUUUUAUACUUGUUUCG